AUGUUGACAGGUCUAGUGGCCUGGGUACUGAAUAAUUAUUUAGGAAAAUAUGUAGAUAGUCUUAAUACUGACCAACUCAGCAUUGCCCUAUUAUCUGGGAAAGUUGAGUUAGAAAACUUACCACUUCGUAAGGAUGCCCUAUACAAUUUGGGUUUACCAAUUGAAAUUAAAAACGGUUUUAUUGGCAAAAUUCAACUUCAAAUACCUGUAAGGCAAAUAAGAUCAGCCCCAUGGGUUAUUGUCAUAGAAAAACUGUACUUAGUGGCCAAUCCUUUACCAGUAAAUGAGUGGGAUUCUGAGAAAGAAGAAAGAGCAAGACAAAAAUUAAAAUUGUCAGCUCUAGAUAGCGUAGAAUCAAGAUGGAGACUGGAGACUGAGUCUAAGGAUAAUGCAUAUUAUGCCUCUAGUUACUCUUCGUGGCUUGGAGCUGUCACAGGAAUAGUUUCUGAUAUUGUAGAAAAUUUACAGCUUCAAAUCAAAGAUGUCCACAUUAGGUAUGAAGACAGCUGUAGCAUACCAGGGAAAUCUUUUGCCUUUGGGUUUACAAUCGAGUCGCUUUCUGCGCAAAGCUGCGACUCAAAUUGGUCCCCAACCUUUUCUCAUUGGACAAAAACAGGGGAUUCUUUUAAAUUGUUGGAGUUGCAAAAUUUUGCCAUGUAUUGGAUUGACUUGAACAAAGAUGAAUUGUUUGCCACCAACAACAGAGAGGAGCUAGAGAAUGUAAUGUCCCCAAACCAAACCCUUAAAAACACCAGAAACUACAUCAUACCAUCAGUAAGCGCGCAUGCGCGCAUGAAACGAAACAGAAGCGAAAAACCGUUAAAAUCCACCGACACUCCAAGAAUCGUAUGCGAUUUAAUACUAAAGGAAGUUCCUAUAACCCUGAUCGACUGGCAGUACAAUCAAAUAGUGGCCUGCAUGCGCGGUCUGGACGUGAUAGCCACUCUGCGCAGCUACAGGCGUUACCGACCGAGCUCGGGCGCGAUCGAGGAUCCGCGAGCGUGGUGGAUGUACGCGGUAAGUUGCUUCUACCCUGGCGGCAGGCAACCCGCCAUAUGCAAGCCAAGGCCGACUUGGGAGAGCGCGCUGAAACGCGCCAAAGAGAACGUGCAAUACGUGCAGAUCUACAAGAAGAUAUUGAUGACCCCAAAUGUGACGCUGAGUUUAGACGAGAAGGAGGUUAAGGAUGGUGUGGAGUGGGAUAGAGAUAUUGAGGAAUUGAAAGUUUUAAGACAGAUUGCUAUGAAGUCUUUAAAAGUUGACCGUAACGGUAAUACUGGUAGUAACCAGUCUUCCGGUAGAAGCAUGCUGGAAAGUUGGUUUCCACAGUGGAUGGGAUGGUAUUCCACGUCAACCACGAACGAAGCCGAAAACGUGGUUCCUACCGAAACAGCCCUCGAAGAAGAACUAUUCCAGGUCCUUUCAGAUUCCGCCGAAAAUAAUACCAUACUGAAAAGAGACGCGGUCUUUGGAAAAUUCAACUUUUCGCUGACCAAAGGGUGUCUUAAUUUGUGCACUUUCAUCGAAGAGACGAAGGAAAGUAAUUCCAUGUUGGAACUGGAGUUCAAGAACCUUUCUCUAACAAUACUGAGCAAACCGAGGACCCAAUCGCAUCUGGUGGAGCUGUCUCUAGGUUCGCUGAGUUUGAAAGAUAAAACCACUCCCAACACUUUGUUCCCGAUUUUGGUCGGUCCUCCGGGUUUCGAGCGAUCCACCGUUGGAGUUAACAGAUCCAGAGGCUUGCAGAGUCCCAGAUUUAACGUCGGCGAUGGUAAGCUCGAGGAGAUGAGCGAUUUGUUCUUUAUGUCUUACGAGAAAAGAGCUUUGAGCACAGGGAGUGAUUACAAACUUUCUAUACGAUCAAAAUGCUUGGACGUGGUUUAUCAACCGAACGCGGUACGGUGGUUGACGGAAUUCGUUUGUUGCCCGUAUCAGCGCGAUUUGGCUCAAUCCAGGAUAGAGCAAAUGAAGUCUAGAACAAAGAAGGAGCUCUUUAAAAAUUGGGAGCACAUGUUAGAUGGGAGAGAUUCUGCAAGAACCUCUUGGGAUUUGGAGUUUGAUAUAUCAGCUCCUCAGAUCAUUUUUGUUGAACAAUUUAGCAACGAAAAUUCCGCCAUGGCAGUGAUAGAUUUUGGUAGGUUACAGUUGCGGAAUAAUCCACUUAACUUGGAAGUUGUACCCAAAACACAGCUUUCAAAAGACAGUGAGGAAGACGAAACAUUUUUGACGCCAUGUUCGACUCCUCCACAAAGCGAAACCGACGAUGAAUUCGGUUUUGAAGACAAAACCGAGGCAGACGUUAACUUUGACUUGAACGAAGCAUCUCUGCACAAAAAAAUAUACGACAGCUAUUUCCUCGAGCUAACAGACUUGCAAAUAUUAAUCGGCAAAGUCAGAGACAACUGGCGCUACGCGCACAACAAAGGAACCUCGAAGUUGCACGUGCUCGACCGUUUCAACAUAUCGCUGCAAAUCGAGAAGAGAGUCAUACACACCGCCGACCCUCAGUAUCCGAGUUUGACGUUGAACGCGAACCUACCCAAGCUGGUGGCGCACGUGAACGAAAGCAAAAUAAACUGCGCGAGGAUGCUGUGGCAGAUCAUAUCGGCCACGGGGUUGCCGUCGCCCUUCAAGGCGCCCUCGCAGUCGCCCGAGCUAAGCGAGGAAGCGGCAACGCAGCCUCUAGACCUCGACGAGGAGGAUUCGGCCAGCGUGGACACUUUGAGCGUGGAAAUGUCGCGACUGCUCAUGGUGCAGUUCACCGUGGAUCAGCUGUCGCUGGAGGUGCAAAGCAGGGAGCGCAGCGUUGCCGAGUUGCAGGUGGCCGGCGUUAAAAUCGCCUUCACCAAGCGCAUGAUCGACGUGAACGUCACGCUGACGGUGCACAGCCUCCUAUUGGUCGACGCUCUGCAAACUUUCGGGCAGGAUUUCGAGCUACUGGUCGCCAGUCACAAACACGUCGGUAUGGACUCUAUGUCGGGUAGUUUGAGAGACAGCGAACCUACUUCGCCGACGUCUCCUGCGAGUCCCGAUCCCGGCCAGCAGAGGGCGGGAAUUACAACUUCACCGAUAGCGUUGAGUCAGGCUUUGAGUUCCUUAGCCACCUCUCCUCCAAUCAGGUGGGCCAUGCCUCAAACGACGGUGGAUGCUGAAGCUUUGAUUACCAUUGAUGUGGUUUUGGUGACAGGCCACGAACCAAUGCAAAUUGCCAAUGUGCAGUUCAACAAUCUAGAUAUUAUUGCAAAUCAGGAAACCAUAGUGGAGUUGGUCGGGUUCGUUCGUCGCGUGUUCCCCAAAUCAAAACGUACUGGCCCCACAAACCUAUCCUCAGCUGUACCGUUUAGUCGCAACGAAUCCAAAGAAUCCCUGUCCGAGGAGGAAUCCUUUAGAGCCUCAAAGUGGGGUUGCACCAAACUGACCUUCGAUUUCCAUCGCCUGAAUGUUCUCCUCUUAAGAGGGAUAAUCCGCGACGGUCAGCUGUACGGCAAAAAAAUUUGCACGGCCACGAUGAGCGAGGCCAAGAUACAGGCCAACGUCGCGGGUAAUUUGGAAGUGGAGGGCAGUCUGGGGGGUUUGCAGGUGCUGGAUUUGACCCCCGAGGGACACAUGCAUCAGAGGAUAGUCAGCGUGGGAAGGGACCCUCUUUUGGAAACCACACACCCGAUAUACUUGAUGGCGCAAACUCAAGUCGAUGAAAGAACCGCGUUCAGUUUUAAAGUUGUGCGAAGUUUGGAGAAGUUGAAUGAUAAAGAUACGGCGGAUAUCACCAUAAGAAUGGCAUCUCUAUGGUACACCCAUUCGCCACAAUUUGUGGUGGAGUUGCAAUCUUGUGCAACCGAGUUUAAACAGUAUCUAUCGAAUUUGGCACGAUCGAUUCGUUCCGCUGCAACUGAUAUGGCUUUGGGAUUAGUUAAUGCAAGAGCCGAAGCAUUGCUCUCUCAAUCCCUAUACAUGAACGCCAAACUUUCUUCCUCCAUGUAUAGUAGCGCGUUAUCUUUCUACGACACUUCCUCGCCUCGCAGAAGAAGACGAAGCAGCUCUAUGGAGAAUUCCGGGUAUUGCUCAGCACGGGACACUGUCCCACAAACCCCAUACAGUCCCAACGAUGAAGACGACUUUAUUAUAGACAUAAAUUUGGAUGUGGAGUUCGACAGUCCAGUGUUGGUUCUUCCCAGAGCGUCCAAAAGUACGCAAGUUUUUGUUGCUCAUCUGGGUAAGAUACGCAUGAGCAAUAAGAAUUCAAGCAACACGAACGGUAACGGUUAUAAUCUUGAUUAUAAUGAGUCGAGAUUGGAACAUUACGAUAUUGAGGUUAAAGAUAUGAAUUUGUUUUCUUUGGAUACGGGGCAACGAAGAGUACCAGGACCAAUGAUACCAAAACCCGAGGUACUGUACAACUGCUCAACUUUAGCCAAACCUAUAUUACACGACACUUUAAUACAACUUGUAAUCGAUAGGGAAAUAAGUAAACCACUUUUUACGCGGAAUAGUAGUGAAUCAAAUUUAUUGCUGGACGAUGAAGAAAGCCUAUCUCUGGACAAUAAUUCCCAAUCAAUACAGAUAUACGGUAAUAUAGUAACCGCUCUUAAAGUAUCUUUAACCCGUUCGCAAUACGAACAAGUUUUGGACACUGUGCAAUGGCUGACGUCAUCGCCAGCCUUAUUAGAAGCUCAAGGCGUAAGCAGGGUAAAUUCGCGACCUCAACCGAUUUUAACCGACAUCAGCGAAGAGGAUAUAGGCGUUACAACGCUCAAUAUGGAUCCCCAUGUUAGAGCUAAAAUGUUUCCAACUGCCACGAAUGUUUCUAAGACCAAACAGAGUACACAGAACGCUUUAGCAUUAAAAGUUGGUUUUGAAGUACCUAUCCUGAUAAUAGAACUCAAAGGCGACUCCCCAACUGGCGAGCAAGGUUUAGUGGACUUAUCGCUGAGAGAGUUCGUUUUUAACUACGAAAAAUUCCACAAAUACGAAACCAACAUUCAGGUCUCCCUGCGCUCGAUAUUCAUGGAGGAUCUCUUGCAACCGGAAAACUCCAAGCAACGUUCGAUGGUGAUCUCCUCCAGCGGAGACGAGUACCCUUCCGGAGCGGGAUGCGUCUCGCGCUCCUGCCCGGACGUUUCCGGUUUCAGACCGGAAUUUUCCGCCGUCAUACCGGGUUCGCUUCCCGAUCACCUGGAGACUGCCAAGGUGUUCGGCAUCAACGUGCCCAGUCAGCCCGUCUACUCUCCAAACCCGCAGGGGAGUGGUGGGGGGAGGUUUCCGUGUACCCCGCCCCCUUCUCCUUCUUUGAGCAGACAAAAACCCGUGAAGAACUUGGUUUUGAUUAGUUCUUUGCUCGUUGAUCCUGCUGCACCAAAUUUCGCCUCUUACUAUAAUUCGAUGCAAAGAUCAACCCAAAUAGACUUCAAUUGCCUGGACUUAAUAGUCAGCGUGGAAUCCUGGGUGGUCGUAAUAGACUUUUUCAGCGCCUCACCUUCAAACACCGUCACCUAUUCAACUUACAACGUAAACUUAUCGUCCGCAGAAGACAUACGUAAAGGUUCCUCCAAAGAGAACGCCGAAACGAAUAUAUUCGUUAAAUCGCUCUCUGUAGCGAUAGUCAAACCCGAGUACGACAUAGCGAAAGCAAACAUUUCCAACGUCGAUAUCGACGUUAAGACUUGCGGGUUACGUAAACAGGUCAGCGGUAAAUUGGGGUCUUUGUCUUUGCUGGAUUUGACCCUACACGGGCAACUGUACCGGGAGAGAUUCAUGACCUCCGGAAAACAUGCUUUGGAGUUCCAUUAUGACAGACAUGCGCCUACAGCCGAUAAGGAUUAUGACGCCAAAUUAUCCAUCGAUAUGUCUUCGGUUAUGUAUGUGCACACCAAACGAUUCGUGGCCGAAAUUUUAACUUUCUUCAAUCAUUUCACUCAACUGCAAUCCGUGAUGAAGAGCAUUAGAGUCGCAACCAGCGGGCAAUUGGUAAAAGACGACCAUCAAAAAGUUCUUCUGUAUCUUCAAGCCAACUCCCCUAUCAUUCUUCUUCCCGAGAGUUCCAAAUCGACCGACAUGCUCAUAGCGGAUUUGGGCCAACUGGUGGUGAAAAACUCCUUUAAAUAUUCCGGAGAUAAGGGCACCAUAAGCGUGGACACCAAAAAAUCCGACAAGAAAUGCCUUCUGGAGGUUAUGGUGGUCGAGUUGGAUAACAUGGAUUUAUACGCGGCCGUUAAAGACAACGAUUUGAAGAAGGAAAUAAAGGGAGAGUAUUUUAAGUUCGGCAGCAAUAGAAUCGUCAAGAAUGGCGCUUCGUUUUUGACGAAAAAAAUACAGUUCAAGUUGCAGAUUGAGACCAACAUGAACAACAACGUGUGUCACAAUGUUCCCGACAAAAGUGUUUAUGGAGAACUGUCCACGCUAGAUGGUGCUCUAGAACUAUCUCAAUACAGACUAAUAAGAGGAUUAUUGGCUUAUAACCUUGGGGAGGAAAGGGUCCCUGUUAUAGUAACACAACCAUCCAUUGAUGCCGAGGCUAAUAUCAGAGAUGUUUGGACAACAUUCUCACUCAAGUUGGACCUACAAAACGUGACCUUGAGGCUGCUUAAAUCGCACGAAAGUCCGCCUAUAAGUUGCAUAAACUUCAUCAAGUCAAAACUGGUUUUGGAAACGUACAGUGAUAACAGUCAGGACGUGGAUUUGAUGUCGCAGGAAAUUCUUAUUGUCGACACCAGAUUCCAAGGUAUUGAAACCGCAUCUCCUGUGAACGUUUUCACGAACAUACUACAACCGAACAAAAACUCCAAGAAAAACGAGCUGCAAGUCGAGAUCCACAAUCGUAAGAGACGCAACAAAACUAAAUCGACGAUAUUGCUGAACAAUAUGAGACUCAUGGCGAUUUUCGAUUGGUGGCAGCAAGUUCGCGAGUACAUUUUCCAGGAUAUCCAGGAAAAUUCCCUACCGAUAACACCGCAGAAGCAUAAACCACUUGAUGAAGUUGAUGGCAAAAGGGAGGAGGAAAUAUUUGAGUUGAACAUGAACAUAACGGAUUCAGAGAUUGUGAUUUUGGAGGAUAACAGUCAGUGGGACUCUAAUGCUGUCAUAUUUCAAACAACUACUGUUUUAACAUAUAAACCGGCGAAUACGGAAAAACCCUUAUCAUGCGCUCUGAAUAAUUGCGAAAUGUUCUCAUGCGUUUUGGGGAUGGAGGAAACAACAGCUCUAUCUAUUAUAGACCCCGUUACCUUGAACAUAGAUAUUAUUCAUGAGGAUAAACUUGAGAUACAAUUGCAAUUCCUUAAAGUGCGACUUUCUUACAACGACAUGUGUAUGUUCAUGCAAAUAAUAAAAUCGUUGCCGAACCAGAUCACAACUACAGAAAAAGAGCCAGAAAUAUCCAGAAAUUUGAGAGGUAAAAUUUCUACCUUGACAGCUUUAGGUUUUCGCUCUAGUGACUGUAUUGAAGCAUUGGAAACAUGCAAUAAUACUAUUGAUGAUGCAGCUCUUUGGCUAACUCGCAAUGCUGUUUCAAUGUUCGAUAAAAACGUUAAAAAACCAUUUAUUAAAGAUAUUGAGUUUCGCGCCACUUGUGUAACCUUGUGCAUCAUCGACGAUUGCAGAGAUUCUGAUGUACCUCUACUGGAAUUUUCCUUCUCAGACUUGUGUCUAACUCAAGUAAUGCCCAAUAUGAACCCACUUAUGCCCAUAUACCCACAGGGUUCUUUGGAUUGUACCCUUGUUGGGUCGUAUUACAACAGAGUGUUAUCUGGGUGGGAGCCAGUUAUAGAACCGUGGAAAUGUCGCGUGGCGUGGAAAAAGACUCUUUCCUUGGACCUAACUAGAAACCGUUUAUACAUCACCAUAGAAUCGGACGAAGCGGAUGUACUGAACAUCAACAUCACCUCAACUUUGAUAGAACUGUACAGCCAAGUCAAAGACAACUGGACCAAAGAUUACUACCUCUUGAAAGACGUGAAGAAGUCGGAAAACCAUCGCAAACGUCUCCCCUUCGUUCCCUACGCCUUGAUGAACGAAACCGGCUCGCAGCUGGCUUUCACGACUCUUAUAACGGAGUACAACAAAACCGCGUCGUACACCACCGAUAACAAUUGGACUGUGGUCGAACCCGGUCGGAUUGUACCCUUCACUUUCACGCAAAGAGACAAGAUCAGGCAUCAGGACUCGCACAAGUUGAAAAUGCAUCAGCUGACCGUUAAAGUUGACGGUUGGCAGUCCGUAACGCCCGUCACUAUAGAUAAAGUUGGCACCUAUUUUAGGCAUGCCGAAGCCGAGAUCGUGUCGAGGAAUCAAAAAGAGCGCCCUGCGGCCAGAAUAGUCUUUGACGUCGCUUUAGAGGGCUCGGCCCGCAAACUGGUAACAAUUCGCUCCGCCGUGGUUUUAGUCAACAAACUCCAGCAAUCCGUCGAGGUGAAACUGGAAAGUCGCCUGCCGCACGACACCGUAGCCUUGUGGGCUCCGAGCAAGUGCUUCCGCAUCGACCCCGAAGGCACGCUAGCCGUGCCCAUAGUCCACGCGCACUCGGAAAUAAGCGUCAAACCCGUCAACGUGACGCACCAGUACAUAUACUGCUCGCCGACGAUCUCCUGGCUGGAAAUGGCGCAGAACGUCGACGCGAUGCACGAGAUUCGCACGUGUCACACGCACAAGGGGCACAACUACAGGUUCUGCGCGAAGAUCUGCAAGAUCAGGCAGCUGUUCGAAAGGGCCAACGCUGUCGAACAGCCGGCGCAUAAGAUCGUCUUGCUGCCCACUGUGAAGCUGAUCAACUUGCUGCCCAUCGAUUUUAGUUACAGUUUGUCAGGCGACGUGGGAAGGAUUGCCCCAGGAUCAAACGCUGCCAUAACAAAUGCAAAUACAGAUAAUGACAUCAAAAUGGAAAUAAUGAUAGAAAACUUCUCAUCCAGCGGAACUUUGGUAGUACCAGCUCAAACGUACACAGACGUGAGCAGCCGAUUUUACCUGAAAGACAUACGCGGCAGAAAACUGUAUUUAUCCGUCUUAAUCACGCCCAACGUGGAAGCAAAAUUAAAGAUCACGAUUUCGGCCCCCUAUUGGAUAAUAAACAAAACAGGUUUGCCGCUGGUUUUCCGCCAAUCGGGCUCCUCUAGCGAAAGCGCGGGUCAAUUCGAGGACCACGAGAGGGCGCGCAUGGCGUCGCCGCUUUUAUUCAGUUUUUCCGAUAACGACGCCAGUCCCACCAUAAACGCCAGAGUGGGAAACCAAGUCAUCAAAUACGGAAUACCACAAUGGUGUUCCAAUUUCCACGUGCAAAAAGGUACGCAAGUAAAAAAAUUGUACGUUACCAUGCAAGACGGUCGGCCAGAUAAGGUUUUCGUUAUUGGGUUGGAAGUAAGGCUGGGUAAAGGAAAAUACAGGUCUACCAAUAUCAUAACCAUAUCACCGCGUUACCAACUCUACAACACAAGUUCCUAUGAGUUAAUAUUUGCACAGAGCUGCUUCAUCAAAAACUUGUCCGAUCCAAUUUCGCGUAAGUCUUUAUUGAAAGCAAUGCCCAACUCUCACAUGCCCUUCCAUUGGCCAAAACUAGAGAAAGAACAGCUUUUGUGCGUUUCCAUACAAGAUAUACCGCAGUGUUGCUGGUCGGGUGGCUUAAAAAUAGACGAUAACAAGUCCUUGCACGUAAACGUUAGAGACAGCAACGGCAGAGUUUACUUCCUUCGCUUGGAAGUCGUGUUGCAGCGCGCCACGUUCUUCAUAAUAUUCUCGGACGCGGACACGAUGCCUCCGCCAAUCAGGAUCGACAAUUUCUCCGAGGUGUCGAUACAGUUCGGCCAGUCGACUUGCAAGGACAUUCUCGGCACCGCUCGCGCGCACUCGAGCGUGCCGUACGCUUGGGAUCAGCCCACCCAGCCCAACCUGAUCACUCUGAUCGCUCCGGGCGGGGUUUUGCACUCCUACGACAUGAACAGGCUGGGAGAGCAGCCCGGUUUGACCUACGAGAAUUUUAUUUAUGUCGCUUUUACGGAGACAUUCAAAAAAAACAAAGAUCUGCUGGACCUUCCGGACGUGGAAAGCCAAGAGUUCGUCUUGGACGUGAUAAAAAACAACCGGGUGGUUUUGUCUUGCAAGCAGCAGGGCGAGCGUUCGCAGCUGUGGAAAAUGAGCCCGGAGGGGCAUUUGAUGCACGAGGGGAGCAGUCCGCCCUCGCACCCCCACCAGCCCCGCUCCAACAGCAACCUGUACGUGUUGGACAUCGAGAACACGGCGCCGCAACCCAGUAACUACUCCAGGUUGAUGCUGAGGCGUCUCGAUCCGAGGCGCGAGUCCACGCAAACCUGGAGGUUCACCGAAGAAGGCAGGUUGCAGUGCAAGCAUUACAAUGUUUGCGUGCAGGCGCAUGAUGGGUUCUUUGGAUUGAGAGAAGGGAACUCGGCUGUGUUGGGUCUCCCGCAGCCGAUCUGCCACAAACUGACUGAAAAAGGCAUCCCGAUCGAGCAGGCGAUCGACAAGCAGUUCCUCCGGCCGGGUUCGGGCGAGCUCGAGGUGCGCAUCGUGAUGGACGGACCGACGCGAGUGCUGACGAUCAAAGACCGACGGGAGACGGAGGCGUUCGCCGCGACGGACGAGCGCGAGUGGGGCUGCAUAUCGAAGAAGCAGCGGCCCGAUCUGCAGGGCGACGACGGGGGGGACGGCGGACGCGAGGGGGAGCUGCAGUUCGUCGUCAAUCUGCAGAGCGGUCUGGGGAUCAGUCUGAUCUGCAGGCGGGGCCCCGAAGAGCUGCUGUACGCUUUGUUCUCGAACAUCGUCGGCGAGGCCGUUGUAACGCCGUCGCUUAACAAGUUCUGCGUCAGCGUCGGGGACAUAAGGGUCGAUAAUCAGCUGUUUGAGGGUUCUGUACCUGUGGUGUUGUAUGUAACGCCACCUGGUAGGGUGGUAGAUGAGAGCAAACAAAUGUUGCCCGCUUUAGAUUUUAGCGCCGAAGUGGAGCAGCAGCAAAAUAAGAAUGCUACUAUAUGUAAAUACCUAAUCUUGAAGCUGAAGAAAAUCUCCAUCAUAAUCGAGGAACGGCUCCUCCUUAAGCUCGCGAAUUUCAUCGGAAUCCACUCGCAGGAGGAAGAAUCGCUGAACCGCGACGAAAACGACUACGAAACUCAACGUCUGAUAUCGGAAGUGUGCGCGACGCACGUGAAACGCUACUACUUCGGCGUGAUCCUGCUGAUGCCCGAGCAGAUACGCUUGAGCGUGAAAACGGCCAGCAAGCUUCCCCCGCAUCUGCAAAGGAUCAAGAGGAAGUUGGGACUGAGGUUGAUCAAGUUCGAAGACGCGGCCGUCGACUUGGAGGCCUUCGACAGAAAGCAUCCCUUCGAGACCAGCCAGUUCUUGAUCAACUCCAUAGUCAAGCACUUUAAAGAGGAGCUAAUGUGGCAGGCUGGGAUGAUCUUGGGCUCCAUAGACUUCAUAGGUAACCCUCUAGGGCUAAUGAACGACGUAUCAGAGGGCGUAUCGGGUUUAAUAUUCGAAGGGAACGUCGGAGCUUUAGUGAAGAACGUUACGCAUGGUUUGUCGAACUCCGCUGCGAAAGUUACCGAAUCGCUUUCGGACGGCCUCGGCAGCGUCGCCAUGGACGACUCUCACGAGGAAAUACGGCAGAAAAUAAGACAAGUUGAAAGCGGGAAUAGUAAAGAUCAUAUUCUGGCUGGGAUUAAGGGCUUGGGUUUCGGAAUUCUAGGGGGCGCCACGGGUAUUUUUAAGCAAGUUUACGAAGGCGCUUCGAACGAUGGGCUGCCAGGUGUCUUUUCUGGGUUAGGUAAAGGUUUAGUCGGGGCUGUUACCAAGCCAGUUGUGGGUGUUUUGGAUUUUGCCUCCGAGACGGCCAGGGCAGUCAGGGAAACCAGCAGAAGUAAAUCGAUGCCGGAAAGGUUUAGAUUGCCCAGAUGUGUCCAUGGGCCUGGAGGUUUAUUGCCAAAAUACAGUGGAACUCAAAGUUUAGGUCAACAAUAUUUAUAUGCAGUAAAUGAUAAAAACUAUGAAGAACAACUGGUUGCUUACCAAAUCUUAGGCACUGCUUCAGAAGACCUGCAGUGCAUUGUUUCGAACAAAAAAGUCAGAAUUGUCGCCAACACCCAGUCUAUCGACUUGACUCUCGUUAUAGACUGCCACUUAAACGAUUUGGAGGUUUGCAACGUGAUCGCGGACAAGGAGGGAAGCGAAAAUCGCUACUACAUCGAAAUAGUGAUGCAUGUGGCCGGCACUAGUGCGGCGCUCGUGAAUCCAGAUCCGAUCAAAAAGCCGCGGGUGCGGUGCAAAAAUGCGGACUUGGCGCACUCUGUCGCCUCCCAAAUCAACUACGCCAAACGGUUGUACAUCGAGUACCAGUACACGCUGACUAACGACAAUAUUGAAGACUGA